ACGCAUCGUUGCCGAUUUUCAAUUUCAUAGUUUUUUCACGUUGACAAACAAUUUGUGUGUUAUUAUUAUCGAGCAAGAUGGAUUUUACAAUACGGGCCGCCACGCUUGAGGACUGUAAGGACAUCUCGCGGAUGAUUCUGGUGAGUGGGUCGGUGCGUGCAUAACCUCACACGUGCGUCAAUUUCUGACUGUUUUAGAACCUUAUGAAAUAAUAAAACGCUGAUCUGUUGCGUCACUCACACCAUGCGCAAUCUUUCAUUAUCAUCCAAACAUUGGCUUAGUGCAACAUGCGUAAUGACAUCAGUGUUGAUGAAUGAAUUACAGUAAACCAUAUUCCAUUCUGAAACGUACUGUAAUCUGAUACUUCCCUGUUAUUGAACCUAGCGGAUGGUAUUUGAAAUACCCGACAACGUGCUGUAGCCUUCAGCUGUCAGCUGCGACUUUUGUCUUUGAAUUGUGAAUGUGCAAUGACGUCAUGGAAAUGAGCAUAAAGAAUGAAAAUCAGAUCGUAGAGCAAAAAUAACUGCAGUCAUGUCACUCACGUGUCAUGUCCUUAAAGGGAUAGUUCCAUGGUUUCAUGCAGUCCAAGAUGUGUGUGACUUUCUUCAGCAGAACACAAACGAAGAUUUUUAGAAGAAUAUCAUAGAUCUGUAAGUCCAAACAAUGCAAGUGAAUGGUGACCAGAACUUUGAAGCUCCAAAAAGCACAUAAAGUAGCAUAAAAAUAAUCCAUAAGACUCCAGUGGUUAAGUCGAUAUAUUCAUAAGUGAUAUGAUAGGUGUGGGUGAGAAACAGGUCAAUAUUUAAAGGUGAAGUAUGUCAUUUAUGCGCUAUUGUGGAAACAAACGGAAUUACAAAAAUACAGUGUGACAAGGAGGAGGGCGUGGCCAGGCCGUGAGGGUGCACGUGCUGAGUCAAUUAAUCAGCGGGAGAGAGAUAAAGGGGAGCCGGAGACGCCAGUUCGAGAGAGAGAGAGAGAGAGAGACACACGCGGCCGCGCGUGUGUGUGUGUGUGUGUGUUUAUGUUUGUUUUAUGUUGUUUUAAGUUCAGUUACGUCAUUAAAGUUAUGUUGACUGUCCUGCCGGUUCCCACCUCCUCCUUGCCCAUCCUGAACCUGUUACAUUGGUGCCGAAACCCAGGAAGGAGGAGGGAUGCCCUGUCCUGGAGUCCUCGCCACUGCCAUCUGCCAGGGGAGGAGCCGCGGCCAUCCGCUGGGGGACGGAGGAGUCGCUGCCAGCCGCCGGGAAUCGGAGGAACCGCUGCCAUCUGCCAGGAAGGGGAGGAGCCGUUCCGUCCACCAGGGGUCGGAGGACUCGCUGCCGUAUGGCCGGGGUGGAGCGGCUGUCGUCUGCCAGAGGGCGGAGGAGUGGCUGAGGACCAGGCAACAGCGUGUCCGGGGAUCAGCGGAACUGGCUGAGCAUGAGAAAGUUUCAGACCAGAUCAAGAUUACACAAAGAGAUCUGGAGCAGGAUGGCUUCUCCAAAAACCCUUUUUUCCAUGGGAUUAUUGCUGAAGUACCAGAGCACCUUAAAUCCAAAAAUGGUCAUACCAAGAUCGGUUACUCUCUGUAUUUCUACACGUACAGCUCAUGGAAAGGCCGGGCGGUGUACAUGGAGGAUCUGUAUGUGAUGCCAGAGUUCAGAGGGAAAGGCAUUGGGAAGGCUCUAAUGGCCAAAGUUGCCCAGCUUGGUCUGGCUGCUGGUUGCACUCAGUUGAAUUUCACUGUGUUGGACUGGAACAAGUCAUCACUUGACUUCUACCUGAAGCAGGGCUGCUGGGAUGUGACCUCUGACCUCGGCUAUCACUGCAUGCGUUGUGAGGGUGAUGCCCUUGAACAUUUGGCCCAGGGAGAUCUUUAAAUUUUCAUGCACAUUGAAUCCCCUGUCUACUCUUGAUGAGAGCUCAGAGACACAGGUUGUUUAAUAAGCACAGGGAAUGCAGCCAGUCACAAUUGGCAAAAACAUGAAGAACAACACUUGUCUCCCAUAUACAUUUUUCUUUUUGAGGUGAUAUAGACUAGUGGUAUUGCAGGGAAUAACAGCCAAUAGAAUGUUGCAAUGUGAUAACCAUUAAUUUUACUACAUUUGUUGUUGUCCAUCUCUGCUGUUUGUUCCUAUUGCCUCAAAAAUUGGACAAGCUUUACAGUCUUGAGUGAAAUUGAUUCAGUUGACCCAUUCUAAUUGUGGAGUGGCCUAGAAACAUUAGCCAAAGAUUAUGAAUUUGUUUUAAUUAGGAGCACAAACAUAUUGGGCAUAUUGUGAACAUAUUACAGUUUUUCUACCAGAUUUUCACAAGUGGGAAGUGUGGAAAUGAAAGUGGGUUACAUUUAGUGUUGUUACAAUUGUUUACCAUUGUUUGUUUUGCUAAUGAUAUUUAGAAUUUGUUCAUAGACAUUAUGUAGAGAGCUAUUUUAGUAUUUCAUGCCAUUUUAUUUGUACAUUUAAAUGUAUUCAAACUUCUAGUGAGACUUACCAGUAAACUUUACUUGAAAUUGCACACACAAGUAAUUUUCUCUUAAAAGCUCUUACACUACACUGAUCAACCACAACAUUAAAACCACUGACAGGUGAAGUAAAUAACAUCGAUUAUCUCGUUUCAAUGGCACCUGUCGAGGGGUGGGAUAUAUUAGGCAGCAAGUGAACAGUCAGUUCUUGAAUUUCAUGUGUUGGAAGCAGGAAAAAUGGGCAAGCGUAAGGAUCUGAACGACUUUGACAAGGGCCAAACUGAGCAUCUCCAAUACAGCAGGUCUUGUGGGGUGUUUACAGUAUGCUGUGGUUAGUCCCUACCAAAAGUUGUCCAAGGAAGGACAAUCGGUGACAGGGUCAUGGGCACCCAAGGCUCAUUGAUGCGCAUGGGGAGCGAAGGCUAGCCCGUCUGGUCCGAUCCCACAGAAGAGUUACUGUAGCACAAAUUGCUGAAAAACUUAAUGCUGGCCACGAUAGAAAGGUGUCAGAACACACAGUGCAUCACAGCUUGCUGUGUAUGGGGCUGCGUAGCCACAGACCGGUCAGAGUGCCCAAGCUGACCCCUGUCCACCACAGAAAGCGCCUACAAAUGGGCACAUGAGCGUCAGAACUGGACCAUGGAGCAAUGGAAGAAGAUGGCCUGGUCUGAUGAAUCACGUUUUCUUUUAGAUCAUGUGGACGGCCGGGUGUGUGUGCGUUGUUUACCUGGGGAAGAGACGGCAGCAGGAUGCACUAUGGGAAGAAGUCAGGUCGGCGGAGGCAGUGUGAUACUCUAGGCAAUGUUCUGCUGGGAAACCUUGGGUCCUGGCAUUCAUGUGGAUGUUACUUUGACACGUACCACCUACCUAAAGAUUGUUGCAGACCACGUAAACCCCUUCAUGGCAACGAUAUUCCCUGAUGGCAGUGACCUCUUUCAGAAGGAUAAUGCUCCCUGCCACACUGCAAAAAUUGUUCAGGAAUGGUUUGAGGAACAUGACAAAGAGUUCAAGGUGUUGACUUGGCUUCCAAAUUCCCCAAAUCUCAGUCUGAUUGAGCAUCUGUGGGAUGUGCUGGGCCAACAAAUCCGAUCCAUGGAGGCCCCACCUCGCAACUUACAGGACUUAAAGGAUCUGCUGCGAACGUCUUGGUGCCAGAUAUCACAGGACACCUUCAGAGGACUUGUGGAGUACAUGCCUCGACGGGUCAGAGCUGUUUUGGCGGCUGGAGGGGGACCUACACGGUAUUAGGCAGGUGCCUUUAAUGUUGUGGCUGAUUGGUGUAUAUAGUAAAAUGUGAUUGAUUGGUAUGCAAGAGAGUUCAUGGUUACCUAGAUGUUACAGAUGUGUCACUUUAUGCUUUACAUGUAGAAGUAUGAGCCUUAUACUUUUCUCAUCUGACAUUAUUUAGUAACUGGCACCAGGCAUUUGUCCAAACAAAGAAUAAGCUCGACAAAUUUACAAAAAUAUGCACAAUAAGGUAAAUCUUCAGUGUGUUGAUUUGUGGUAAUGAAACCAUUCUUCAAUUUAACUGUUUAUUUUGCCUUGUAUAAAAAGGUUUUCGAGGAUUAAUAAACUCCCAUAUAUUUUUUGUUUACUGCCAAAACUUGCUGUUACUGAAGGUUUGAGGAUGCACUGUAUACAACAUGAAUAUGCAACCAAUAAACCUCAUCCAAUAAUUUUAAUGUAUCGUAUUUGACCUGUUAAGAAGAACUGUUAUUUUGUAGCACUUUUGAAAAUGCUGUGUACUCUCUUCGUGAUGCUGAUCAGCAAAAGUUACCUUAUUACAAGCUGCAGUGUCCAGUGUGCUGUGGAGGACUGUUGUUUUCUCUGUUCUAAAGGCCAUGAAUAAAAGUACAU